UGCUAUAUAAUUCCCACCCCCCGCCAAGUUGCAAUCGGCAGACGGAGACGGAGAGUUUAGGAUCGGUGGCCUCCGAACGGCGAUCGUGGCGGACUAAGGAUGCUGGACGUAGACUACGCGCAGUUCGAGGGGUCCCAGUAUGGCUAUAUGUUUCCCAGUGGCUGCAUCUAUGACCUGGACUCUUGCAAACAAGAACCCACCUUUCCUUCCUGCCUUGGAGACCCCGAUAGCUCCCCAGAGUCUUGCAUGAACUGGCUGGAGAUGCAGGAGCCUGGCUAUGAAGGCUAUGAGGUGGGGCAGCUGGCCCAGCUGCAGAAUGUCCAAGUCUCCUACCUGCAUAGUUCUUACCCGCAGCUCUCCAUGGAUUCUGUCUACAGCCAGGAGGGAUUGGUACCCACUCAGAACAUGUGCCUUGCGCCCAAGGAAGACUACAACACCCAGAUCUACCUCCCCUACGAGCAGUACCCUCUUCCCAGGGAAGUGCCUAGCCCCUCGUCGGAAGAAGAGGAAUUCCACGGGGAGAGUCGGAACCUGGAGGUGUCCUCGGACAGCGACUUGGAUGAGAAUCUCUCGCCUGGUUUUGAUUCAGGCUCCCGACGGAAGUUGCGCCUCUACCAGUUCCUGCUGGAGCUCCUUGAGCGCGGCGACAUGAAGGAAUGUGUGUGGUGGGUGCACCGCGACGCCGGGAUCUUCCAGUUCUCCUCAAAGCACAAGGAGCUCCUGGCGCAUCGCUGGGGACAGCAGAAGGGCAACCGCAAGAAGAUGACCUACCAGAAAAUGGCUCGGGCGCUACGCAACUACAGCAAGACAGGCGAAAUUCGCAAGGUCAAGAAGAAGCUCACCUACCAGUUUGGGACAACUCUGGUGGCGCAGUCGGCUACCUCCUAAACUCCACCCAUCCACCCGCUGCAAGAAUAUGGGGCUGGGGCCAUUAAUGAUGACUGGACCUCCAUUCUCUGCCUUCUCCAGACCAACCCCUUUCUGGUGCCUUCAACCAAACUGCACGAAAGAAUCUAGGCUGGGUGGGAAAAGUUGUGAAGACCCAAAUGAGGGUGGGAUGGGCUCCAGUAGGUUGCAGUCAGGGAGGCCAGCUAUGAAGGCACCAAGAUCCCCCACCAGAGGGGUGGAGGAUAUGCACUUUAGUGGGAAUCGGGCUGCUUGGACUGUCAUGGUAGGGUGAGGUGGAGCAAAGCAUUCUGGGAUUCUUAGGAGGCUAUUGCCUUUGCCUGGGUUGAUUGGGAGGAAGGGCUCUUUCAGCAGGGCCUGGUCCAUGUUCUUCCUUGGUGGAGUACGGAAAAAAGGGUGUGUGGGGAGAUGA